AUGUUGAGGCUACUGUUCCUCUUCUGCUCAUUCCAGACAUUCUUCACUGUGAAAUCAGGCACUCCUUCUCUAUGGGUUUUCGCAACACUAAUACUCGGAGACACACCUUUCCCAGAGUUCAGUAUGGUGGGAAUGCUGGAUGACCUGCAGUUGUUUUACUACGACUCAGAUGUACCGAAGCUGAUCUACAGACAAAUCAAGUCAGAGCACGAACAGGAAGAGCAGACAGACGCUGGCAUUGUAUUCAGAGAAAUGCACAUGGACAUGAAACGCAAGGCAUUGAUCUCAAAGCACGAGCUCAACAGCACACAAGGUGUCAAUGUUCAGCAGAGAUUGGCCUCUUGUGAGCUGCUUGACCAGGAUACCCCGGGUCCAAUGCGAUCCUGGGAUGCGUUCAACACCGUAAAUGAUGUAGAGCUGAACUUUAGCAUACAACAGGAAACUCUACAGGCCAAAGGUGCAUGGCCAGACUUGUGGAGCCAUAUUGACAAAGAACGUAUUAGAUUGACGUUUGCAAAUAUAUAUAGCCCUGUCUGCAUCAAAUUCCUAAAGAGGUACCUUAACAUGAGGAAAAAUGAAACAAUGACAGUGAAGCCCAGAGUCAGGCUCCUCCAGAAGACACUCCCAGACUCUAGUGGGGCCAAGGUGACCUGCCUGGCCACUGGUUUCUACCCCCGUCACAUCAACCUGACCCUGCUCAGAGAUGGCCAGUCUGUGUCUGACCACCAGGUCACUGGGGGGGAGCUGCUACCUAAUGGAGAUGAGACGUACCAGAUGAGGAAGAGCCUGGAGGUCAGCACAGAGGAAUUACAGCAUCACCACUACACCUGCACAGCUGAACACCUCAGUCUGGACAACAAACUGGACAUCAAAUUGGAGCUUGUGGCAGGUGUAGGUACCCGUACCAGAGUGCCCCCUGUGGUCGUGCUGGGAGUUGCACUGCUGCUGUGUGUGGGUGGAGUCAUUAUCAUGUGCCUGCGCCGCAGAAGACACAGCUCCUCCUCUGAUGAGUCAACCCAAGAAACAGAUGAACCUCUGCAACCUCUGCAAAAGUCUGCAAACUAG